AUGGUCUUCGACCCCUCCCUCCCGCCUAUGCGUGAUUCCACUUCCCCCUUCAUCACCUCAGCGUGGGAAACUCUCCUAGAACACUACCCUGGCGACCUUGGGACUAUUUGUAGCGGUAUCCUUACAUUCGGUUGCCGUCUCGGUUGUACGACCCGGCCGACAGACCGUCGAACUCCGAACCACCGCAUUGACGAACCCUCUCUUAUUACCCAGAAGCUCUCCCAUGACCUAUCAAGUCGUCGGGUGCAAUUAUCCACGGGUCCCGUUGUUGUUUCCCCGCUAGGGCUGGUGCCUAAACACGACGGGGGCUGGCGCCGGAUCCAUGACCUUUCCUACCCACACGGUCGCAGUGUCAACGAGUCUAUCCCUGACUCCGCCUCUGCUAUACAAUAUAUCUCUAUAGACAACAUCUUCUCCCUUAUACGCACGUCCGGUCGAGGAUGCUACAUCAUCAAACGCGACAUUAAGGAUGCCUUCCGCAAUAUCCCCGUCGCCCCGGCUGACCGACCCCUCCUAGCCUUCUCGUGGGAUGACAAGACAUAUAUAGAGUGCUGCCUUCCAUUCGGCCUUACAACUGCACCCUUCAUCUUCAACCUGUUUGCCGAGGGUCUUAACUGGCUCCUAACUGCCUAUUUGCCCUUGGCCUCUAUCGUGCAUUACCUUGAUGAUUUCAUCGCUAUUUUCCCUUCCUCCGUAGGAAGUCUCUCGAAAGCUCUUACCACUUUCAAUACCGUAUAUAUUCCUCUUACGGAUGCGCUGGGCAUCCCACGGAAUGACUCGAAAGACGCCGCGGGUACCGUGGUCAGUGUCCUUGGGGUCGAAAUCGACACGUCACUUCUGCAGGCCCGCAUGCCUCACGACAAGCUAACACGCGCAUCUUCCGAAGCCGCGUCGCUACCACAGCUAGAUCGUGUCUCGCAUAAAGCUUUGCAACGUGUCGUCGGUUUCCUCUAA